AUGUCAAAUUCUUCAUCCAAUGAAAUCCAACCACACGUUCAAGCCAUUUCCAAUCUUUCCGAUAGAAUCGCAUCCACAAUAACACCUCUUGAGAAUCAUGUAAAUGAUCAUCUCUCCAAGGAACAAUUAAUUUCCAUAUUUUUCCAUGAUGAAUCCGAGUAUCAGUCCUCAACUUUGCAAUAUACGGCUCCUUUCAAGGCUACAAUUAGAAUUUGUACACCUCCGAACGAUCAAGAAUCUUGUAUUAUUAAUUCAUCGGAAGAGUUUCAUCUCUAUGUGAUGAGUGAGCACUUGUUAUUGUUUAAUAUGGUACAUGCUUACAAGAUUCACUUUUCUGAUAUUCUAAUGCAUGGUGUUCAGAAACAACCACAAAUUUGUAUGUAUUGUCAAUUGGCUUGUGAUAGUGGAGUUGCCAAAGAUGAAAAGGAUGAAUCACAAAUGGAUGAAGAUGAUGAUGAAGGAUUUGAAAGUGUUUGUGAAAUGAUUAUUCAAUUGCAAGUUCAAUCAUCAGCUUUGGAACAAAUUUAUAAUCAAAUGUAUCAGGCCUUUUCGAGAGCUGCUGAAAAUGUACCUCUCUCUGAUAUGCAAGAUGAUGAUGAAAGUAAUUCCAUUAAAUUUGAUCCAAAAUCAUUGGAUGAUAAAUUGAGCAUUAGCACUGAUGGAUGGAUUUAUAAUGUUGAGGAAAUGAGAAGGGGUGUUCUUAUUAGAGAUCGUACUGAAAGAGAGGAAGAUGAUGACGAAGAUGGAUGGGAGGAUGUGGAUGAAGAGGAUGAAAAGAAUAAGAAAUUGAAAAUGUAAAUGAAAUUCUUGUUGUUGCCUUCUAUCCAAUUAGUUUUUUAAUGCUUCUGCACAAAUUUAACUCAUUCUUUAAUCAUCAGUCAGCAACAGAUUUCAUUGUUAUAAUUUUUAAUAAUAUGAGGAUGAAAAGAACAGAGGAGAUAAUAGUUCUAUAAAUUAAUUACUAUUUAAUUU